AGGAAAAGUUGUGCAGGCUGCUUAGCUAGCUACGAACAUAGUACUAAUUUGAGUGCCCUACGUCGCAAGGAAAUGGCUCGGGAUUACAAACCUGGUGACUUGAUCUUUGCGAAGAUGAAGGGCUACCCUCACUGGCCUGCCAGGAUUAAUGACUACUCUGAUGGAGCUGUGAAGCCGGCCAACAUGAAGUUUCCCAUCUUCUUCUUUGGUACCCAUGAAACUGCAUUCCUAGGCCCCAAAGAUGUAUAUCCCUACCUGCCCAAUAAAGAGAAGUAUGCCAAGCCUAACAAGAGAAAGGGCUUCAACGAAGGCCUGUGGGAGGUUGAGAACAACCCGAAGGUGGAGCUGAAUGGAGAGAAGCAAAUGAUGCUGUCGGAUAACGUAACGGAGAAGGACUCUGACAGUAACCCAGAAGGGGACGAGGAGGGAGAUUAUGAGAAGAGGAAGAAACCCAAAGUGUCGGGGGCUGAGAGUGAGGCUGGACAGGAGGAGGAUGGUGAGGAGGAGGAUGGGGGCAUGCAGGUCUCUGAACAGAGACAGCCCCAGGAUGACCCCACACCAAAGGAAUCUACAGACACUCCCAAACCCAAGAGAAGAAGGAAGAAAAAGAGUGAUGUAGAGGCCGACUCGGAGAAAGAGGACACUGCCAACAGUCCCACAUCCAGCCCUCAAGGUGGAGAGGGCCCCACUCCUAAGCGGCGAGGCAGGAAGACCAAAGCUGAGAAGAUGCUCCUACUCCAGCAGCAGGACCCCCAGGGCUCAGGCAGUGACAUGGACACUGCUGAGUCAGAGAGAAAGAGGAAGAGGACGCCGGAAGACAAGUCCAGGAGAGGAGAGCAGGAGAAGAGGCCUGAGGGGAGGAGAAAGGAGGAGAGCAAAGGGAGGAAGGACCCUGACGCUAAACGGAGGAGACAGGCCAAAGAGGAGAGCUCCUCUGACUCCUCUGACCAGGAGGUGGGUGUCCCACGACCAGACAGGGGUGGUGUCCCACGACCAGACAGGGGUGGUGUCCCACGACCAGACAGGGGUGGUGUCCCACGACCAGACAGGGGUGGUGUCCCACGACCAGACAGGGGUGGUGUCCCACGACCAGACAGGGGUGGUGUCCCGCGACCAGACAGGUGGUGUCCAACGACCAGACAGGGUGGUGUCUUACGACCAGACAGGGGUGGUGUCCCCACGACCAGACAGGGGUGGUGUCCCACGACCAGACAGGGUGGUGUCCCACGACCAGACAGGGUGGUGUCCCACGACCAGACAGGGGUGGUGUCCCACGACCAGACAGGGGUGGUGUCCCACGACCAGACAGGGGUGGUGUCCCACACCAAAGGUGGUGUCCCACGACCAGACAGGGGUGGUGUCCCACGACCAGACAGGGGUGGUGUCCUACGACCAGACAGGGGUGGUGUCCCACGACCAGACAGGGUGGUGUCCCACGACCAGACGGGGGUGGUGUCCACGACCAGACAGGGGUGGUGUCCCACGACCAGACAGGGGUGGUGUCCCACGACCAGACAGGGGUGGUGUCCCCGCGACCAGACAGGGGUGGUGUCCACGACCAGACGGGGUGGUGUCCCACGACCAGACAGGGGUGGUGUCCCGACCAGACAGGGUGGUGUCCCACGACCAGACAGGGGUGGUGUUUUCCCACGACCAGACAGGGGGUGGUGUCCCACGACCAGACAGGGGUGGUGUCCCACGACCAGACAGGGGUGGGUGUCCCACGACCAGACAGGGUGGUGUCCCCACGACCAGACAGGGGUGGUGUCCCACGACCAGACAGGGGUGGUGUCCCACGACCAGACAGGGGUGGUGUCCCACGACCAGACAGGGGUGGUGUCCCACGACCAGACAGGGGUGGUGUCCCACGACCAGACAGGGGGUGAAGAGGCAAGCGGCAGCAGCCACUCUGACCGAGACGGGGGGACAAAGACGAUCAGAAGAGAUGUGAAGAAGUGUCUGGUGGCGUUGGAUGAGCUGGGUAUGCUGCAGGUCACCACCCAGCACCUGCAGAAACACUCAGAGCUCAUAGCAACACUCAAAAAGAUCCGGAGGUUCAAGGCCAGCCAGGACAUUAUGGACAAGUCCACCAUGCUGUACAACAAGUUUAAGAGCAUGUUCCUGCUGGGGGAGGGGGACCAGCUGCUCAGCCAGGUGCUCAACAAGUCCAUAGCAGAGCAGAAGCAGCAGGAGGAGGCCAGGAAGGGAGUCCAGAAGAAGGCAGAGCGGGCCAGGGAGAACAACACAGGUACUGGGAGGAAAGAGGGACUGGGGCUCUGUUCCUAUAGCCACACUAGCGAACUGCACACUGGCUAACUGCAAACUUAGUAA